AUGUUUAACGUACCCAAGGCACCGGAUGCCUUGCAGACACAAACAUCGAUUAAGAAAUUCUUUUUCAUACAAAAAAUAAGCUUCGCAGCCAUUGGCUUGGAUCCGACAUCGAUAAAGCGAACAAUGUUUCGACCAUGGCUGACUUUUAUACCUUUAGUGAGUAUGAUUGCAGUACUCGGUCCAAUGGGCAUUUACGCCUUCAAUAAUAUGAAAAUUGAUUUGGGUAAGGCAAUGGCGGCACUCUCACCAUUUUGGCAGGCCUCAUUGGCCAUUGUGAAAUUGUUUGUUUUUAUGUUAAAUCGAAAGAAAAUUGUCGGUUUGGUGCGUGAAGUUUGGUUAUGGUCAUUUGAAGCUAACGAAGAGGAACUUCAAAUUAUUGCCGAUGAAAAUAAGAAGGAUUCCAAAAUUUGUACAUUUUAUUAUUCGAUGGUAAAUGUAACGGGAGUUCUGGCAACUUUGGCACCAUUGGGUGUUGCUUCAAUUUACGCUUGGCAGGGUCACGAUUUUAUGGAGUCACUGGAUACACCAUUUAAAGCGGAAUAUUUUACAAACCCAAAAGAGUCCUACAUAAUCUAUAUCCUUUGCUUUAUAUGGAAUGUCAUCGGUAUUUAUUUCAUUGUCAUGGGUUCCUUGUCCAUUGAUACACUCUAUUCAUGGUUUGUGCACAAUAUUUCGGCCCAAUUUCGUAUUUUAAAUUUACGUUAUCGCCAAAUAUCCGAAAGAAUAACUAUGCACAAAGCUAUGGGUAAUUACAACGAAGAGGAAUUUAUCAAAUCCACAAUUGAUUGUGUAAAAUAUCAUCGGCGGAUCAUUCAAAUGUCGGAACGUUUUAGUGAAGUCUACAAAGGUUUGGUAUUCUUUAAAUUUUUGGUUAGUUGUAUGCAGCUGGCAUGUCUGUCGUUUAUAAUACCUUUGGGUGGUGAGAUUGCCGAUCAAUUGUUUAAUCUAUCAUUUUUAAUGGCCGUGACCACACAGCUGAUGUUAUAUUGUCAUGGUGGUCAGAAUAUUCAGGAUAUGAGCACCUCUGUAAAUUGGGCCAUCUAUGAAAGUUUCCAUUGGCAUAAUUUGAGCAUCAAAUCGCAAAAAUUGCUGCUGUUGACCAUGAUAAGAGCCCAGAAGCCUUGUGAAAUAAGAGGUAUAUUUUUCACAACGGAUUUAAGUUUAUUUGUAUGGGUUUAUAGAACCGCAGGUUCAUUUAUGACGAUGCUGAUGUCAAUGGAAGAUAAAUAA